CCAGCUUUAUUGCUGCUAAGCUGUGAGCUCUUUAGCAGACUGUGCCAAGGAAAAAUAGUGUGCUGUUUUCUUCAGUUGUUCAGCACUGCCAUACAGGGUGUUGGUUAUGUUGGGCUGUAGUAGCGAAAGUAGGGUCUGCCUAAGGUUGAUUAGGAAGGUGCAUUCAAAGAGGAAAUGGUUUAUGGUUUCAUAAGGGUUGGCGCAGUGUCUACAAAGGGGAAUUGUGUGGAAUUUAUUUUGUUCAUAUGGUAACAGAGACACAAUGGCUGAUUUGUUUGUAGCCCUACCACCUGUGACAGAAUAUAAUGCAGUGAUUUUUGGGAAAAAUUCAAACAGGCCAGCAUCUGAGAUACAAGAUGUCAUUUAUUGUCCUGCAAAAGAUUAUACUGCCGGGGAGAAAGUGAAGUGUACUUAUGUUGAGAUAGAUCAAGUAACACGCACACAUGCAGUUAUUCUUAGCAAGCCAUCAUGGAUGUGGGGAGCAGAAAUGGGUGCCAAUGACCAAGGUGUUGCAGUGGGCAAUGCCCCAGUCUGGACAAAACUUAAUGGGCCAAAUGAUUUAGAGCUGAAGUUACUAGGGACUGACAUUGUUAGAUUAAGUCUUGAAAGAGCAUCCACUGCUCGUGAAGCCCUAGAAGUGAUAACACAACUCUUGGCCAGCCCAGGUCAGGGAGGGCCAUGUACAAAUGAAGCUGGAAAAGAUGGCUGGUGUUUUCAUAAUAGUUUUCUCAUGGCUGAUGGUACAGAAGCAUGGCUCUUGGAGACGGCUGGAACUUUUUGGGUUGCAGAAAAAAUCACAGAAGGUGUAAGAAAUUGCUCCAAUGAACUGAGUAUCAGAACAAAAAUGGAUUUAACUUCACCUGGUUUGGUGGAAGAAGCCAAAAAGUUAGGACUAUACUCUGAAGACAUGGGAGACUUUGACUUCAAGGCCACAUUUUGUGCUCAGUCACAAAUAGCAAACUUCCCAGAUAACAACACAAGCUUUCGUUACAGACAUGGUAAGGAAGUCAUGGACAAAAUUAUAAGUACAGGAAAGUUCAGAUAUCAAGACAUGUUCAAAAUUCUCAGAGAUGAAGAAGGUGGUAUUUGUAUGAUGGAUGGAGGGUUCAUCACUGCAGGAAGUCAGGUGUCUGUCCUGCUGCCCAAGUCUUCAUCUUCUUCCUGUGUGCAUUGGUUUACUGGCACACCAAACCCAGCAACAUCCAUCUACAAGCCAUUUUUCUUUGGCCCAGGCGCUUCUAUUGGAAAUGUGACUGUGUCACCUACCUGUGAAGAUGGUGCGGAGCCAAAGGAACGUGGCCAUGCAUUGUAUCAAGGACACAAGAAGCUUUGUAAACUGAUGGAUACCCAAGAGGAGAAAGGUCACUGCAUCCUGGCCCAGCUGAUGGAACUGGAAAAGAACUGUUGUGAAGAUGUAGAUGAGAUCAUAGUCAAUUAUGAUGAAUCCAGUUUUCCUAAGUUGAAGCAAAUAUUUCAACACAUGGCCACCAUGGAAAUCAAUUUCUAUGUCUGAUUACAAUGUGUUCUAAUGAAGACAACAAUAACUGUUAGAUUUAGCUUCUAGUAAUUCAUUUAGAGCAUAACUAAUUGUAACUUGUUUAAAUGACUAAUUUUACAACUACUGUGCAAUAUUUUUCUUGAGAUUGUAGAAUCACAUGUGUAUUUGAAUGGUAAUAUUUUUUUAUUUUUUUGUGGGAUGGCGAUAACCCACCAGUUUCACACUAUGUGCAGAAUUGGACCAAAAAAUAUGUUAUUGAUGUUUUAAGAGAUUUAGUCAGUAUUUAUUGUAAUUUUAUGGUGUUUUUUUUUAUUCAUUGCAACUGUGAUUAUUUUAACAGUAUAUAUUAUUUAUAUAUUUUAAAAUAUCAAGAUAAAUUUGGAAAAAAAGGUACAAAUUCUAUAAUUCUAUGGGUUAGUCCAUAAAAACAAGAAAAACAUUAAAGAAAAUGCCUCUUUUAUUCUACUUAUAGAUAAUUUUUUUUUUGCUCUUAAUAACUAAUGAAUUUUAGAUCUAAAAAAUUAAAGAACAAAAAGGAUCCUGUUUUUGAGGCUUGAGUAGUGCUUCUACUUUGCAACAUCCUGCCUUCUCUGAAAUUGAACUCAGCUUAUUUGCUACCUGCAUGUUUCUUGCUGUCAGGCUUUAUAUUAAUCAAUUCUUGUCUAUGGUAUCAUUGGAUUGAUUUUCCCUUCGUUUUAAGGGACAGAGUAAGAUAUUGAGGGAUACAUUGAACAGGAACUUAGAGGCAGAGUUCCUGUUUAUAAAAAAGGCAAGAGGAAUCAAUGACAGUGGAUUGCGAUGUGAUAAAUGUGGAUCACAGUUACAAAUGUUUUGGCCCUUUUUUAUGUUGAACAAAGUAAAAACAAAAAAAUAAAUUUAUUCCAGUUUAAGCCAGUUUUCACGGAUGCUUCAAGCCACAAGAUCCGAUAUGAUUCUUUUUUUGCCACUGUUGGUUGCAAGACGAAAGAAUCGAUUCUAGGCAAAACUACUGAAACUAUUUGCCAAAUAUAUAUUGCAAAAGGUUUAUAAAAACAUAGACUGACAAGAUAAAGUAGGUUUUUGCACAGAUAAUUCAAAUACUAAUUUUGAAAGACUGAUAUUGCAAGUUCACAAAACUUAUUGAGAAAUCCCAAGAUUCAUUCGAUGUUAGCAAGAUGUUGGGUGUGCUGCCCAUUUAGUAGACAGUGCCAUAAAAAUGGCUGCGGAGUGUCUAUCAAUAGAGGUGGAAACAAUAUAUUAAAAAAAAAUUUGAUUACUUCCACUCCUUUGUCAUUCGCAAUAAAUUCUUAAAAGAAUUCUGCAAAUGAGAAGGAUUUUUUAAAAAUCAUAUUUCCUAUCACAAGUGUAACACUGUAGUGUAAAGCUUCUUUAUGGCUGCAUUAGGUACAUAACAUUGUGGCAAUAUUUCAUUCCAUGCAGCUCUUCUGCAUAAUGAGUGACAGAAUGUCAGUGCACUCAUAGUACCUUAAACCAUUGGCAAAUUGAUUUAGAUGCUGAAAAAGGCCCCUCCACAACAAUGAAUACUACUUUUGAAGCCACUUCUUUGGUAAGAAAAAUAUUAUCUAGAAGAAAUAAUCAUAAACUUUUACUAUAAUUGUGCUGAGUAUCUCAGAGAUAGAAGCUGCUGAUUCCACAACAUUAAUGCUUUUUGAUGGAUCGCACUGAACAAUAUUCUAUCCUGGUAAACCAUCAUUGGCACAGCUAAGAAGGAAAUAAGCUAGGAUAAUUUUAAAUACUGUUUUUUUUUUGUUUUUUUUUUUUCAUUUUUAAAUUGCAAUAUUGUAUUGAUGUAGAUCUAUAGAUUGUUAAAAGCACCAAUGACUGCCAACAUCUGAGCAAAGCCUGGUCAACAUGUGUCCUGCUUUUACUACCCAAAUGUUUUCUGGUCACCUUACUUAUGUAAUAGUCUUCGUUUGCCUCUAUAAUUUAGUUUUUCUUAGUUUUCCCACAAUGAUUUUUAAAAAUUGUAAAAUUAUCCAUGUUUUUGUUAGAGAAAGGUUUUAUUUGAGGCCAGAUGGCAUCAUUGAUUGUAUCCCUAUCCAUGUAUAGCAAGUGGUGAGUUGAAAGUUUUAUUUGAGGCCAGAUGGCAUCAUUGAUUGUAUCCCUAUCCAUGUAUAGCAAGUGGUGAGUUGAAAGUUUUCUUUAUAAUAAUUUGUACGCGGUUUUAUUUAGACAAGGCUGAUACAAUUUUAAAAAGUUGUUUGUAACAUUUGACUUUGUAAGAACUGGUUAUGCUAGGAAAUGCAGUAAUUUAUAAAGUUUGCAUUCUGAAACAAAAUAAUAUCAAUAUAACUUCUUGAUUUCUAUUUAUGUGUAAGAUCAUGUUAGACAUUUUAUUUGUGAGCUCGACUGGAUAAUAUUAUAUAUUACCCUCUACUGCCAUAUAUAUUGGAUAUGUAAAUUAAAUAGUCAUAAUUCAUUGCCAAAGAUAUUAAAAUGAAAAGAUGUUUUGUUAGUGUACAUUAUCUGUGACUAAAUUUCAUUUUAAAAAAUCAAUUAUUAUACAUUUCUCAAUGUUAAAUGUUGCUCAGUUUUGAAAUCACUAGUCAAACAGAUUUAAAACAUAAAAAUAAUAGCAGAAAACUGUUUUAAAUGUGUGUUUCACAUCUUUUUAUCUUGUUGACUGGUAGACAAAUGCUUUUAGUCUUAGCCCAUUCAUGCCUUUUUUCCAGUUCUAAAAAGUCAUGGUUUACUCCAAAGCAAAUAGAGAUAAAUUAAAAAAAAAAAAAAUAGAACAAUAUGUGAAGUGUCAAAAAAGAUAUACUUUCAAUACAUUAAGAACAGAGAAAGCCUCAUAAAUUCUACAUUUUUUGGUUGGCCUUAACUAAUGCAGUAUUAGCACUUUCAUUUUUAAAAACUAGCUAUACCUUUCCAGGUUUCACUGUAUAUUUUCACACUGUUCAACACAGGAAGAGCUAAUUUUUUUAUAUAUAUAAAGUUUAAAAAAUAAUAUAUACAGGUAACUUCAUAUCACAUUGUAGAGCAUUAGAAGCUAACCUUAAAUAUCAUAUUCUAUCAUAGUAUCAGCCAAUCUGUUUAAAUAGUGACAAUUCAAGGGAAUUAUUACCUAAAUAUUAGCAAUAUCCUUAGAACAAGACUACUAUUUCUGAAAAAAAAAAAUCUAAAAAAAAAUCACAUUUAUUUAAAAGAUUAACAUUUCAAACUUGACAAUUAGUACUCUGUCUGGUAGUUACAGCAUAUGAUGUGAUGAAAUUAAAACUUUUCACCAUUGGCCAAAAUAUCAAAUAUCGGCCUUUCCAAAUGUAUGGACUAUUCAAUGCCUAUUGUUUUGUCUUAUUUAUUUAAUCUUCUAUAGACAAUCAAUGUAAUAUCUUUAUUUUAACCUACUGUCCUACAUUCCAUCAGAUGUUUUAUUCAUGCUUUUGCAAUUCCAUUUUCUUGUUACACUUCCAUCAGUAUUAAAGUUUUAUUUUUUGUACUACUUUAUUUACACAUGUAAACUUUGUUGUGUAGCUCUACAUGUGCUGUUUAGUAGAAGUAGAGGUUGUUUUUUUGUGUUUGUGUGCUAAAAGUCAAGCUUAGGUGCAAUUUAUUUACUUUCUUAAUACUUAAAGUUGUUAAUUGUAAAUUUGCCAAUCAUGAAGUAUAUAUAAUUAAAAAGAAAACAUGUCAUUGUGGUGAAAGAUGAUAUUGGAUUGAAAUGUUUAGUGCAAUAUUUUUAUGCAGUGAUUUAAGCAAUGCAUAAUGUUCAACAUUUAAUCUUGCACUCUUCUAUACUGUUAGCUUGCUGUCAGUCAACAGAGUAGUCUGUUACAUGUUGCCUUUGGAAUGCUUUGCAAUAAAGUUUUCUUAAAGCUA